AACUCCAAACCCCAAAGGCGUGGGAACCAGGCGUUUCCGUUGAUCCUCAUUUGCCAAUGCAAAUCGCCGGUGUAGGACCGUUCUCGCGUCAUCUUUGAGGGGAAAUUUCAGUACCGGCCACCAUUGUGCUAUUCUCUGCAGCUUCAAUCAAUCUCGUCCUCAUCCGAACCCUCAUCCGAUAGCCAUCGUUACGAGAGUGAUACACGUGAUUAUAUCGUGUUGGACAACAAGCUAAGCAUGACCAGACCUAAAGUCCCUCCUGAACAACGGCAGCGUACUGCCCAGGCCUGUGAGAGUUGUAAACGAAGGAAACAGAAGUGCAAUGGUGCCUGCCCAUGCAACACAUGUGAAAAGCGAAAAUUCACCUGCAUCUAUGCGGAUCGAGAAGCUACUUCACCCAAUGAAGAUAGACCGCCCACCAAAAGACGCGCAAUUGAAGACGGUGGAAGUGACAGCCCAUUUGUUAAUGGCGAUUCGUCAUACAAUACACCCAGCAAUGGUUACAGUCAUGCAUCACCGCUAACACCAAGACGUCAAUCCCCAAUUCAACAACACACAACCCUCGGCACGCAAGGGAUUCACCCAAUUCCGGCAAGCCCUGGUGAGACUCCGUACAAGCCAUCCGAGCCAAGGUCGACUGUAGAGUUUGUGGGUGGUCCGAUAUUACAGCUACCGACAAGCCAUGUAAACGUCGGCCAGCACCCGAGGGGACCAUCCCGUGGCAGCACUGUUCAAAGCGGGCCAGAUGAAGAAGCCGUCAUCUACACUCAGAGUCGAAUGCUUCAAGACCCAACAGGCAGAGUACUGUAUGUAGGAGACUCGGCGACGCUGUCCUUUCUGCAACUACUUCGGAUGAUGGUGGAAACUGUAGUCGGACCUUCGCCUUUCACAAACGACCCUCGACGGCAUAAGAUAGUCGAAGGACAAUUUUCACUUCCACCAGGUUUCCAGCACACAAACCUCCUACCAGAUUUGCAAACCGCUCACGUGCUGGUGGAUGCUUUCUUCAUCAACACACAUGGACUGCUACAAGUCUUCGACCGCGAUCGCUUUCUGGGCGAGCUGGAAAGGUGUUAUUCGGAUCCACUCUCAGUAGAGCCUCCUUUUCUCUGCCUACUGAAUCUCGUCUUCGCCAUUGGACUCACCAUGGCAACACCCCUUUCAGGAAGCCCUGAAGCUCUUGUGAUUGAGAAGCUUAGAAGCGAGCAUCUCGACAGAGCAGAGGUCUUCUAUUUGAACGCCAAGAGGCUGGAUGACCCAAUGACAGGGUUAGAAGAUCAAGACUUUUGGUCUGUACAAGCCCUACUGCUUAUGGCUGUAUACAUGCUUGCCAAAUCUAAACGCAAUACAGCAUUUGCGCUGCUCGGUAUGGCAGCCCGGUCUGCUCAUGCUCUUGGACUUCACAGAGAGGAGACGAUGGUAAUCUUCAGUCCAGAAGAGCAGGCACAACGGAAAAACUUAUGGCGGUCAAUCUUUGUCAUUGACCGGCUUCUUUCAUGCUCGUUGGGACGGCCCACCGCGAUAUCAGAAGACGAUUGCUCAGGCGACGUGCUCCAUCCAGACCAGUCCUUUGAUAUCAAUGCGGUCACAACAGCCGACUUCAACCAGACUGGAUCUUGCGCAUUGGAGGCUGCUGUGCGCAGCUGCUCAGUGAUUGGUGUUAUCCUACGCAAAGUCUACCAACAACGAAAGAUUAGCACUCGUCUAGCCCAGGAAAUUGCAGAUGUAUGCAAAUCGUGGCCUCGUUCUCUUCCUUCAAUCUUGCACUGGCGGCAAGCUGCAAACGCCUCACCAAGUCAAGGCAUCGCCCUUCUCCAUGUUAACCUGUUCUAUUGUCAUUCUAUCAUCCUACUCACACGGCCCUUCUUCCUGUACAUCCUCAAUCUCGAAACGCAACGACAAUUCAACAAUCAAACCGGAUCUAGAGGACCAAGGCCCUACUUACGCAUGGAGAAAUUUAGUGAAGCCUGUGUCAUUGCAUCCACGCACACCAUCCUACUCGUUCAAAACGCCUUUGAUGCCGGUCACCUAUCCCGACGCAACCCCGCUGUAAUAUAUUUCCUCUUCGCCGCCACGCUAGUCAUCCUCGCGAACGAGUUCGCUGGGUUAUACAAGAUCGAAGUAGCUGACGCAUGUAUCAUCAACGCCGUCAAUAUCAUGACUUACUGCGGCGAGAGCGACCAACAAGCAAAUCGCCUAGUCUACAUCAUCAGCUCCUUUCGCGACGUCGUCACACAGCAGCGUAUGCGAAGGAAACAGAACCAUGCAGACAACAACAAACUACCCAGCAUCUCAUCGCAACUCUACGGCGCCCCAUUGUCGUCUCAACACCCGCAGCAGCAACAGCCGCAGCAACAGCAACACCAACCCCCUAACACGGGCGGUCUACCAAAUGUAACGGACCCCAUGAACGCUACACCACGUCUACACCAGGUGCCCAUACACAUCUACCCUGGCAUGCAAACCCUCCCUUUCAGCGACCCCACAUCCGCGUUCCAACAACAACAGCAACAACAACAAUCUCAACAUCAACCCACACACCCACCAGACUUCCGCGUUCAUCUAUCACCUAUCCAAGACACCCUCUCUGCAAUGCCCUCACACCCACCGCCGCUAACGCCCUCCCUGUCUACCAUGCUCGAUAUGUCCGCCCUCGACGCAACGCGCGUGCCGAGCUUGCACUCGGAGGAGAGCGGCCAAGACGAGCAGUUUGAGUUUGACGCGCUCUGGGCAUGGCCAAGCAACACACCUGCGAUGGGGAGUCCCAGGGCAGAGGGCGUUAUUGGCGAGAGAGUUCAGGGGAUUAGCGACAGUGCGGUGCCUAUGUUUGGGGUGGCGCAUGGGGGCUUGCAUGGGCGGGAGGCGUAGUCGGAGACCUGGGAUGGAGAUUGGUGGUAAUGGGUGGGUAUAAAAUGUAAUGAAAUAGAUGGGUAUGGAAGAGGAAUUGCAU